AUGUUUUUGUUCCUGUCUUGGCUUGAUCCAUUUUAUAAACCCAGGAAAACAAGUUCAAAUGUGACUAUUGUUGACUCAGGAAAUAAGGCAUCAGAAGAUGAUGAAAUCCAAAAUGUUGAUGACAAAUCUGACAGCACUGAGACAACAGCAAGUGAUGCAGACGGUUUCUCAGCAUCUAACAACUUCCGAUCAAUCAAAAAAGUGAAGUUACCAUCAAAAAAGAAAACUAUGGCAAAAGUUCAUGAUGAUGUUACAAUGGCAGAAGUGCACGUUCUGCAGUCUCUUGGGGAUGCUCUUGGACACAAGCAAAUGCAAGUGCCAAAUGCAAGUACUAAAGAUGAAGAUGAACUGUUCGGGGAAUUGAUUGCCCCCCAAAUGAGGCAAUUACUACCAGAAAGGAAAGUGAUGGUCAAAAUGCAAGUUUCGAAUAUUUUGUACCAGGAAAUGCUAGCCAAAUUCCAGUCACCAUCUACACCAGCACCAGCACCUUUCACUCAAGGCCAAAUUCAGGUUGAGAUGUAUCAACCACAACAGCAUCAACAGUAUCAACCUCGACAUCAUCACAAUUUCCAGGAUAAGAAUCAGACGCAAAAGAGGCCAUUUCAUGUUCCGAGCUAUGAAUCUUCAGAGGAACAUACAGUCCUUAAACCUGGGCAACUUUUCUACCACAAUAAGUAA